UUACUUUUCAGCUUUUCAGUUAUUUGGAAAGGGAAUGGUCAUGUAGAAAAGAUAUAAGUGUCGAACCAGAAGAAUUCUCAGUAUGGUCUUUCCACAGCUAUGAUAGUCCAACUAAAAUGACGCUAGAUCUUGGGAUGCAUUCACUACAUAAGAAUGGUUCUUUGUUGAUGACUUUAUACUGCCCAUUCUGGAUGCUGAAUAAAACAGGUCUUUUGUUAGCAUAUAAGAAUUCCGACGAAAAUAUAUUACACCAUCCUGGACACUACGAAGGUCCAAUUUUAUUCUCAUUCAACGCUAAACAUUUUUUUGGCAAGAAGAAAACUUCAAUAAGAGUUGAAUCAGGGGAAUGGUCUGAGAAAUUUUCUUUAGAUGUCGCUGGUUCAUCUGGAGUGAUUGCCUGCAAGUGGCAUAAAAUGAUCUAUCAGAUUGGAGUUCAGAAUCAAUUAACUUUCAAUAGCCUAACGAAGCAAGUAACAUUUACCCCUUAUUACGUAAUAAUCAAUAAUGCUCCAUUUCCCGUUGAAUGCCAAGAAAAUGACAGACCUGCUGAUAAAUGGGUGACCGUGAAUCCCGAAUCAUGUUCAGCAUUGUGGCCAAAAUCGGAGAUGACUGAAAAACUUUUGAAAGUUCGCGUAGGAGGAGACUGUACAUCACCAUUUUUGUAUACAGAAAGUCAUACGACGUUAUUGAAAGUAGAAAAUAAUUUUGGUGGAAUAAAUGUAGACAUCCAGUUGACAGAAGGAGCUACAUACAUCAACUUGGCUGCUUAUGAAAUUGGUUCUGCUCCAGCACUACUCAUAAAUCACUCAACCUUCCCGAUUGAAUUUUGGGAAAAAAAUUCGAUUCAGAAACGGUGAGUAUGUAUUUGCCUG